UAUUCCAAACUAUAUUUGAAAUAAUUGUGAUGAUUUUGGACAUAUGUAAAUGUGAGAUUUGGAUUUAAAUUUUAAUACACUGAGGUUGAUAAUUUAGUACAUAAAAAGUACAUUAGUGUGUACAUUUCGACCAAUUAUACAGUACUGUAGGGAUAUAUCAAUGAAUUCGACUGCAAAUAUAUCCUCUACAACAACCGGAUUUACGGAGAAGAGAGUCAUGAACCAAACAUGGUUUCCUCGAGUUAUAUUUACAACAGUACGAGGUCAGUACCCAUACAUGUCGGACGGUGGCGGGGGCGGAGCCUCGGCGGGCAUAUUCGUCGGCGCCGGGGUCGGAGGUUGCGCCUUGAUUGUCGGCGUGAUAGCUCUAGUGAUAUACUGCUAUAUGAAAGCGAGGAAAGAGAAGGCGAACACAAACAUGACAAAAUCAACUGAUGUAUUUUCAACGGCGGCAUCAAAUACCCAAUACGACUACCCCCAGCGUUCAAAGGUCAAUCAGUUUCCUGACCCGGAAGCGGCAAGACGAAGCAGACGACGCGAACGUGGCCACGAUUCUGGACACUCAAAUCCAGCUUUUACGCGGCAUAGUUCUGACACCUCUUCUGUAAGCGAUGCUGACGGAAGAGAUUUAUCCCCACCACGUGUCCGUCGACCUCGUGGUGGCCAGGUCAAUGACGCGUUUUCUAGUGAAUCUUCAUACGAGGAUUCGUCGAGUGUGGAUGAUGAAGUGGUUGGAGGAAAUUAUAGAAUGGAACGCGAGACAGACCGGGAACGCGAUAGGAAAAGUCGUAGCUCUUACAAAAGAGCCACGGGUAGGCAAGAUGAAAUCGAUUCCAGGAAUACAGGUGGAAGGUAUCGUCGAACUGAAGAUGAAUCUCAAAGAAUGUCAAGACGUGAAGACUUUCCUAAACGAAAUCCGCGUAGUGAUUCGCCACUCACUAUUGAAACUCUCGAAAAGCAUGAGAAGAAUUUAGCGCGUCGUGAUAGUAAAGAAUGGGAUGACCAAAAAGCAUUUAGAAAUAAGUCCAAGAAACGAGAUUCUUCUCCAUCAAGAACAUACGAGAGUUCAGAGGCCACGGGAGCGUCUUUGACCACUGAAGGCACUGAUUUUACAGCUACAACGUCUUCAUCGCGGUUUCAAAAGAACCCAAGUCUUAGGCGAAAUUCACCAUCGAGGUCUAGCUCACACAGGAGAUACAAAAACAAUGAAAAAGACGAACAAGGUCGUAGAAAACCUAGGCGAACUCGCAGUAAAGAUCGCAGCUCGAGCAGUGAUAGACAUGAUAGGUCAAGGUCACCGGGAAGUGCGGGUAGUUCUAGAAGCGGAAGCGGAAGUACGCGGAGGUCAAGAUCGUCUUCUCAAAGGGAAGCCAAACGAAUUAAUAAAGAACAAGCUAUGCUUCCUAUUUUUGCUGACAUGAAAAAGAAAAGUUCAGCCGUUUGAUCUAAGCAUCUUGUUAGGUUCAAUAGAUUUAUUAAAUAGUUACAAAUAUGUAUUAUAUACAUCAUCUAUGCAAUAUUUACUACAUUUGUAGGAGUUUUAAAACAUUGUUUAAAUUGAUAGAAAAAAUCAUAUAUAAAAAAGACACUUUUUCAAUUUCCUAAAAUCGUGUGUUUUGGUCAUAGAAAACAAACGUGAUUUUAAUACAAUAAACUUGUUUUAAAUAGCUUUAUAAAGUUAUAUUUAACUUCAAGUGCAAAACUUCAAUAUAUAUUGUUAGAUUCAUAUUACACACUUUACUUGAGGUUAAAUGCUUUCCAACUAACAUUUAGCCACGUUUCAAAUUAUAUUAGCGGAGUAUGGUGACUGAUCUGUGCCAGCUCAUAUUUUUGCUCCAUGGGGUGCCAAGCAAAAAAAAACCCCAAAAAAUCGCCACUGAUUUUUUUGUGGGUAAAAUGUUGAUAAGUCUUAUUUUUGUCCAGCACAAAGAAAAUACGACAUGGCACAAAUCAGCCACCAUAGCAGAGGCCAGGGAUGAUUAUAGGAAAGGUGUGCAAUAUUAACUGACUAACAGACACCUCUUGCAGAAACUGGUGACUCAUUUCAU